CCGGAUGCUGAUUUCGCGUGUCGGGUGCCGUUCGCAGACAGCCGAAAUAUCCAAUUAGGCGAUACCGUGAAAAGUGAAAUUGAUAAGUGGACGGUGUUAACGCGAAAAUGAAAAUAUGACACUGCCAGUUGUCAAGAUUUCUCACGACACACGGUCGAUCUAGGUGACUAAAUGUCGUCGAUCAGUCUUUCAAAAGCUCUUGCCUCGUGAAGAUCGCCGAAGAGGGACUCUUGCAAGCAGCGUGCGUUGGGUGACUAUGACUCAGAACAAUUUCGCGAGCAACGAUGGUGUGGCUGGUUCGUAUAGGCUCUCAGUAAUAUCCACGACCGACAAGCAACACGAAAAUAGGCAGCCGGGGGUUGGAGAUCCUCCAGACAAAAACGAGCGCGAGCAAUGGACGAACGACAUCGAAUUCUUGAUGUCCUGCGUGGCGUUCUCGGUUGGUCUCGGUAAUGUUUGGAGGUUCCCCAACACAGCUUAUGAAAACGGGGGCGGUGCGUUCCUCAUACCUUACAUCAUCGUCCUCUUCAUCAUUGGCAAGCCUAUUUACUACAUGGAGAUGAUCUUGGGACAAUUCAGCAGCAAGUCGUGCGUGGAAAUUUGGUCCGUGUCGUCAGCCUUCAAAGGGAUCGGUUAUGGCGUAGCCGUGUCAGUCUUCUCGGUGGUCACUUACUAUUGUUCCCUGAUGGCAUUGACAAUGUACUACCUGUUGGUCAGUUUUCAACCGGUUCUUCCGUGGGCUUUUUGCUGGGAAGAAUGGGGCGACGGUUGUUUCGACAGCACGUCAACCAACAACACGACUACGAACGUCAACAAAAGCAGCUCAGCCGAUUUCUUUUUUCGCCAAGUGGUCCUUAACGAAGCCGGAAUCGACGAAGGACUCGGAGAGCCAUCUUGGAAGCUGGUCGUCGCCCUUUUCGUCAGCUGGGUGUGCGUUUUCAUAGUGAUUAGCAAUGGCGUCAAGAGCACCGGGAAAGCUGCUUACUUCCUUGCUCUGUUCCCAUACGUGAUCAUGAUAACGCUUCUGGUGAGGGCAGUGACGCUCGAGGGAUCCGUGGACGGCAUUAUAUUUUUAUUCACGCCAACCUGGGAGAAAAUCUUCGAUCCUUCCGUUUGGUACUCGGCUGUAACCCAAUCGUUCUUCUCCCUUGGAGUCUGCUUCGGUGCAGUCACCAUGUACUCCUCCUACAACCGAUUCAAUCACAACGUAUUAAGAGACUGCACAGUAGUGACGACCAUGGAUCUGGCCACGAGUUUGAUAGCAGGGACGACGAUCUUUGGUAUCUUGGGUAAUCUUGCUCACGAAUCCGGGAAAGACGACAUCAGCACAGUCGUACGCGGUGGUACAGGUCUUGCCUUCAUUUCGUAUCCCGAGGCACUUGCUAGAUUCACGGUGGUACCUCAACUCUUCGCCGUAUUGUUCUUCCUGAUGCUGUUCGUCCUGGGAAUAGGCACCACGGUGGCCUUCACCAACGUCAUCGUCAGCAUCAUCAAAGACAAAUUCCCGGAAGUUCCAAACUGGAAGAUCUCUGCCGGUGUUACGAGCUGCGGCUUUUUAAUCGGAAUCGUUUACUGUACGCAAGGAGGACAAUACGUUCUAAACCUGGUAGACUACUUCGGUGGAACGUUCAUCAUAGUGUUCUUGGCUUCCUUCGAAGUGAUUGGAAUUUCUUGGGUAUACGGUAUCGAUAACUUUUUGGACGACGUAGAAUUCAUGGUUGGCACCCGACCGUCCUUCUACUGGAGGACCUGUUGGUGUUUCUUGACACCUCUGACUCUCUUUUCGAUUCUGCUUUAUUUUCUAUACGGGUUGACGCCUCUCACUUACAACGGCGAAUAUUAUCCAACUUCCGCUUACGUCGCUGGUUGGGUUCUUCUGGCACUGGGAGUGAUUCAGUUUCCACUCUGGAUCGUUGUCACGAGGAUACAGAACAAACAUAAAAAUGCUUUGGACAUCUUCAAACCGAGUUCCAAUUGGGGCCCAAAAGAUCCGAACAAGUACAAAGAAUGGAAAGACUUCAAGGACGCCAAAAGGAUAUCGAGGAUGAACCUGAGCAAGAAACGACUGAGAAUAGUGGAGUUGUUGAUUGGAGCAGAUUGAUAGCGACUG